AUGAGAAGAAACCUUAUAUUACCAAUACCAGGGUCAGUGGGUUCCACAUCAUCGUCUCCAUCGGAAAUUCUUCAGGGGAUCCCUAUUCAAAAUCUGGGUAUAGAGGAAUCGGACGCAGUAAGCUCCCCUUUCUAUUUUGCCGGGGUGGUUCACAUCCCUGGUGAAAUAGAGAAUCCACUCACCGUGGAAAAAUUAACCCAAUUGAAUCAUUUUUUGGUCAAUGUACGCCGUGAUUUUGCGAAUAACAUCAUCCAAUCGAGCUAUACCAAAUUCCUCCAAUGUGAAUUAGACCAAACGCCUGCAGAAUUACUCUCGGCUAAGCUCGACUUUAUGCUUAAUAGAGAGUACGCCCAUUUGUAUCACUAUUUUCAAACUCUAGGAACUCAUAACCCUCUUGAUCUAUGUCGACAGUACGAAAAUUGGUGUCAUUAUUGGUAUCUUCAGACUCUAUCCGCCCCUAGCCCACUUGAUCCAUUUUCCACUGACCCUGUUCUUUAUGCUAUGCUAUUCUCUAUCUCCAUCAUAGCUGCUAUGUUCUGGUUAAAGAAUAGAAAGAAUAAAAAGCCACCUUUAUGUUAG